UUUCAACGACCGAAAUUUAUAUUUUAUUGUAAUAUUCGUUGUUUGACUUCGAAAGGUCCAACAUCAAUUAACCGGUAUACUAAAUCAUCGGCUAAUUUGAAAAUAAGCUGGUAUCUAGAUAGGCAAUAUGGCGAUUAAAUUGUGUGUGGUUUUAUUUUUAUUCGUCUGCAACGCUUUCUGUAAAACGUUCGUUCACGAAAAUGACACAUUAGAGUUAUCUUCUGACGAUUAUGCACCGUUUAACGUGACGCAGGUUGACGAUGGGAGGGACGUCAUUUAUUCCAACGGAGAGGACGGAGAAGAAUUGCUCUCUUUUAAACCGCAACAAAACUACAUGGCCAACCUGUGUAAACAAAAACGUGUCCUUCACGACAGGAACGCUAUACUAGUCUCUCUGUCCGCAAACAACCGGGUGCCGACCAUAAAUCCUUGCGUUUUCGGCGUGGAGUCAGCGUCAUUUCCGACGUACAUGUUCGUGGUGACGUUCCGCUCUAUGAAGCUCUCCACGAAGUCCAACAAUGUCUGCGUCAAGACGCGUCUUGACCUCUUCGACGGACAGUCUUUCUCACAUCAGAUCAGCGAUUCCAGCGGUCUGUGUGGCACCAGCACGCAUCACAGCUCCUAUGAGACCAGCCGGAACUUUCUGACGAUGAGAUUUGGGUACAUCUCUCAAGCAGUUAACGUACAUGAGAACUUCCAGGCUGUCAUCACGCCUUUUCAUUUAGGUAAAUGCCGACACGACGAGUUCAAGUGCGCUAACAAGAAAUGCGUCCAGUCAAACAUGCUGUGUGACGGGUAUAACAAUUGUGGAGAUAAUUCCGACGAGAAACACUGCGGAGCAAUCGCCCUCUCCAUUGCUGCUAUUGUCGGGAUCGUUGUCGGUGGUGUGUUUUUGAUCGGCUUAAUUGUUCUCUGUAUCUGCUGCAAGUGUUGUUGCUCAGUGUAUGAGAGAUUUUAAGGAUUUGAACCGCUUAUGAGAGAUAGUAAAAAAGUACCCUGUUUUUUAAUAAAAUACUUAGAUAUUCUGUUUUCUUUUAAACUAUGUUAACUGCGUCUUGCUUAUUUCCUGCAAUAUGAUGAUUGGUCAACUGUUAAGGUUCAUUCUAUCUAAUAGUUGAUUGCUCGUAGAGUGUAAACGUAGAUUUCGAUAUUAAUCUUGUUAAUGCAAUCUGUGUUGUUGUCGUUUUUAAUUUCAAAUGGAAAGUCAUCUUUUUUAAUAUUAGCUGUAGUUUUUCAAUGCUUAUUACAUUUACAGACCUAAAAUUUGUAUCGUCUAUGCAGAACACUUUGAAUAAGAUAUUCAUGAAUUUUUAAAUGAUUUGGAAGAAAAAUAUAGAAACUACGGAAGAAGUCCACGUGAUUCUAGAUCACCCCUCGUGGGUACAUGUAAGGAAAAUUGGAUGAUAUUGUUUUGUGUAAAAGUUGUAUUACCACACACAUUUUGUAUUUGAAAAAAAACUCGAAAAUAAGUUCUUGUACGAGAAAGGGUACAACUGUUUCUGUUCAUUGUGAAGCGGUUAAGUAGUUACAGACAACCGAGGAGUUGUAAAACAAUGCUGGAGAAACCACGUGGACAAUCCCAGAAACAAAACAUGACCAUGCUCUUAAUUGAUUGUCAAGUUUUGAUUGUACUUAAGUGAUAUAUCAGUGUGUAUUGCUUCAUUUCUUUUUUAUGAAUCUGACCAUAAACCCUUUCACUUCUUCAAAAUGCUCCUGAUCUGGACAUCAUAUGAUUAAAUCUCCACUUCAAAGUAUUUACGAAACGGAAGUAUGCUAAUUUACUUUUGUUUGUAUUGAAAUAAAGUCAUAUGAAAAUCCUG